GGUAGGAGGAGCGCGUGGUAGGUACGCAACGACAAAAUGUACUUACAACAUCAUGAGGGAGACACUGUUAGCACUUGGCUUUUCAAUCAUGGGAGCAGUGGUGAGGUGAUGUGAGUACACAGAACAGAAGACUAACUGCAAGGAUGGGCAGCACAUCAUCCAAGUUUAAGAAGUAUCUCCUUCAUGGUGAUGAGUUUGCUGCAAUGCAGAUAUUUCAGGGCUCUCCGGACCUCCGGAAGAGCCUGGACCCCAACAUCAGCUACGGAGAAUCGCACAACCUGAACACCCCCCUGCAUUAUGCAGCCGCCCACAACAUGAAACACCUACUGAGGACGUUCCUUAACGACCUGGGCGGUAAUCCCAACAAGAGGAACGGCUCCAACGAGACGUCGCUGCACUCCGCUUGUCGCAGUGGCCACCAUCGGUCUCUCUCGGCACAGGAGCGGCGGGCCGCCUGUGUGCUGAUGCUGCUGCAGUGGCGCGGGCCCCAGCCGGAUGAUGGUGAUCAGCAGGAGAAGCUGGAUGUCGACGCCCUCGAUAAGGAUGGCAACACGGCCCUGCACCUGGCCGCGUCGUGCGGCCUCAAGAAAUGUGUGGAGAUGCUGGUGGCGCACGGCGCGUGUCUCUUCCUGGAGAACGCGGCAGGCCAGACGUCGCUCGACCUGACCGUGGCCAACGCUCACCACGUCAUCGCCCUCUUCCUCGAGAGCAAGAUGGUCUUCGCCGACCCGAGCGACAGUAUCAACGAGGCGGACGGCCUGCUGCCGCCGGCGCCGGCCGACCAGGCGGAUGCCGGCGACGACGGCGAGCUGUACGCCGGCCUGCGCGCCCAGGACCUGCAGGAGGCCAAGGACCAGCUGCUGGUGGAGACGGCCGACAUGCUGCAUGUCCCACUCUUCAUCGCUGACGCCCUGCUGCGGGACAACGACUGGUCCAAGACGCAGCUGCUGGAGCGCUGGAUGACCAGUCGGCUGGAGUGCUGCGAGUCGGCCGGAGUGCAGGUGCCGGUGGCGGCGGCCGGCGCUGGCGGCAGCGGCGGCGGCGGUGGCGCUGUCGUCUCACCGCUGGACCAGAAGCUCAUCUGCGCCGACCAGCACGACGCCGGCCGCAUUGUGUGUGACAUCUGCUGCGAGGAGUACCCUCCGGUUGAGACGCAGGCGUCGACCGCGUGCCAGCACCGGUUCUGCGUGCGCUGCUGGGAGGCGUACCUGGGCGUGCGCAUCCGCGGCGGCGACGCACACCACAUCCUGUGCCCGGCGCACGGGUGCAACUUCCUGGUGCCGCUCGAGCUGAUCGAGAAGCUGGUCAGCCGAGAGCUGGCCAGCCGCUACCUGCAGUUCGACAUCAAGGCGUUCGUGGAAACGAACCGCACGAUCCAGUGGUGUCCGGUGGCCGGCUGCGGCCGCGCCGUCAGCUUCCCGGAGGCGGAGCGGGCGCGCGCGCGGCCGGCGCCGCAGCUGGUGCCGCCCGGCCCUCCGCCGCCCACCAUCAGCCACGCCGUCGACUGCGGCGCUGGACACUUCUUCUGCUGGGAGUGUCUGGGCGAGCCGCACGCGCCGGUCGGCUGUGGCCGCUGGGCCGAGUGGCAGCAGAAGGUGGCGGAGGUGCGGCCGGACCAGUUGCGAGCCACCUGGGCCGACACUGAGGACGCCGCCAACGCCCUCUGGCUCGUCACCAAUUCCAAGCCCUGCCCCAACUGCCGCAGCCCGAUACAGAAGAACGAGGGCUGUAACCACAUGCGCUGCUCCAAGUGCAAACACGACUUUUGCUGGAUGUGCCUGGAGGGCUGGAAGAAGCACAGCUCGGCGACCGGCGGCUACUUCCGCUGCAACAAGCUGGACUCUCAGAACAAGGCGGACGGACGGCACGACGUCAAGCUGGCCGAGGCGCAGAUGCGCAACAAGCAGAUGCAGGAGCUGGCGCGGUUCGUGCAGAUGUACGACAAAUACCGGAGACACCGGGACCGCCGGCUGGCCGAGCGGCCGCUGCUGGGCUCGGCCGCCGAGAAGAUGAAGACGCUCGCCAACUCAUCCACCGCCGCGCAGAAAGGCAUCGAGCUCGAGGCGCUGCGCUUCGUCGACCAGAGCCUGCGCGAGCUGCUGAAGGCGCGUCUGCUGCUCUCUGGGUCAUACGUCUUCGCCUACUUCAUGGACGACACCAACAGCUACAGCAAGAACAUCUUCGAGUUCAUGCAGUCGGAACUAGAGCAGGCCACCGAAAGUCUGGCCACCAUGGCGGCGCUACCCUACCUCAAAACGCCUAUGCCCACUAUCGUGGCCACCACCCAGCUAGUCAAACGCAAGAGGGACGAGUUCAUGCAGGCGUGUGAGCGGGGUCUGGUGCCGCCGGAGACGCCGCCGGGGCUGCGUACCCGCUGGGGCCGCCACCUGCCCGUCAGCUACAGCAGCGCCAGCCAGCUGCCGGCCCACGUGGUGGCGACACUUUCGGAGUUGGACCCGGCCGCCUCCUGGUCCAGGGACGUGCAGGCUAACCUCUCGGCCAUGUACGACUGGCCCGACGUUGACUGGGAGGACGACGAGGAUGAUGAGGACGACUCGCUGACGGCGCUGGCCGCCCGGCUGCUGUCGCAGUGUCGCCGCCAGGGCUGCGCCCGGCCGCGCGCGAGGAACCCGCGCACCGGCGCCACACACGACUACUGCUCGCUGAAGUGCUCCCGCAUGGACAUGCUGGGAGACCUGAUGGACCAGGGCGGCGCCCUGACUGGCGGCUACAACAUGGAGCUGCGCAUCGCUCUGGAGAUGUCACGGCUGCAGCAGCUGGAGGAGCAGAACCUAGCCAAGCAGCGCGGCUUGGGUCAGAGCGUCGGCGCCACGUGGAGCGCUGCGGCAGACGGCGAGCGACCCGACCGGCUAGGCGAGGUCGGCGGCCGCGCGCUGCGCCGCUGCCAGUCGCUGGGGGAGCUGCACCGCCAGCAGCCGCCGGCCGAGCCCCUGCUGCUCUCCUCCGACCAGUCCGGUGACGAGCGGUCCGGCCCGACCACCGACUCUGCCGACCGCGAGGUCUCGGCGAUCCUGGACGGGCGACCGGCGGCGGCGACGGCGACGGCGACGGCGGCGGUGGCGGUGGCGGUGCCACCACCUCGGCACAUCAGCAGCCGCCUGUCCGGCCACCUGGCAGACGACGAGUCGGCCAGCUCGGCCUCGGACGUGCGCGGCCGCAUGCACAUCGUCGUCCAGCGGCCGGCGCUGGAGACGGAGAGCUCGGCCGACUGCGAGAGCGAGACAGGCAUCCCGCGCUCGCCGACACUCUACAUCAGCGGCGUCUCCAUCAGCAGGAGUCCGGAGGCGGCGGCGGCGGCCCUGAGCCUGCACCUGGCGCCGGUGAGCUCGCCGCCGCCGCACCUCCAGCUGCGCGCCAGCAAGUCGGCGUCGGACGCCGAGAAGCGACGCGACGUGUUCCAGUUUCCGGUGUCGCCGUCGGAGGCGCAGCUCUCGUGCGUGCUGCACGUGGAGGAAAGCACCCUCAGCUCGGACGACUUCCACGAGGCGCUCUUUCUCGAGAAGUCGCCCAAGUGUCGUCGGAAGCGAUCCAAGCGCGAGCGACUGCGCGACCGGAAGGCGGCCGUGUAGGCGUGAGCGUCGCUCACUGGGCUCGGUUAGGUGCCGGCCGCCUCCUCCUUCCACUCGGCGCAGGGUACUCGUUCGGCAUUGUCCCUCCAACGCACAUCAGCCAUUAGGCAGCUGGACGACACGGAACUGUCAGGGUUGCUGUUUUGUACCAGCGUGUCCUGCCGAGAGAGUCAGUCUAUGCCACCAGCCGAGUAGGCAAGCGCACGGAUUACGUUCAAUCAGCUCCAGGCUGCUGGGGUCAGUUUGUUCAACAAUCAUUUGCGGUGAUCAUUAUUUUAAUAACUCUACAAUGCGAUACGCGUUCCAGUAAUCAAUGUUACAGGCUGUUUUGCACCUAGUUUGCUUCCUAUUGUGUGAUAUUGCAACACGCUUUUGCCGUUCGUAUCCAAGAUGCGCAUAUCUUUGUUGCUGCCGUUUCAAGCAGCAAGUUUCAUUGACAUUGUCACUGGCAUUUGGCAUUUGCAUUUGCCAUUUAUGUGGUUUGUUUGCUAUUGGAAUCAUUUACGCGUGUUGCAGUGGAUACCAAAGUUGGGUUACGAUCAGCUUAGCUCGGUGAUAAGUAGUUAUUAGCAGCAUCGCAGUAAUGCGAUUCGAUUUGCUUGCGCCGGGUGCAAGCGCUGUACACUGCAUCAAAUCCCAAGUACAGCAGGUUUAUUUGCAACCGUUGGCUUGCCCGUGAUAUGCGUUGCGCGGUAUUCCUAGUUUCGUAUCUGGCCGUGGCGGGCUUGGCCGCCUGUUGUGCCCGGCAGCGGUGUCAUCUGUACCCACCUCCCCCGAGUAUCCAGGGUGGCGUGUGUGCCGUUCCGGUCUUGCGGUCCUCGUCAGGCGACGACGUCUCUAUUUUUCUACGUGUAGCCGUAGCUGGGC